GACAUAAUUGACUCUAGAAGCCAGGGACACGCAUCUUCACGCUGCUCAGGGUUCAAACUUGGUGCUCAGACAAUUUCAAAAUGAGGAAACAUCGACAUUUGCCCUUAGUGGCCAUCUUUUGCCUCCUUUUCUCAGGCUUUUCCAUGACUUAUGCCCAACAGCAGCAUGCAGCACAAGACUCUGCUGACAUUAUUUUCCUUAUUGACGGAUCAAACAACACCGGAGGUGUCCAUUUCGCUGUCAUUCGCAACUUCCUUGUAAAUCUCCUUGAGAGGCUCCCCCUUGGAACCCAGCAGAUGCGAGUGGGGGUGGUGCAGUAUAGUGAUGAGCCCAGGACCAUGUUCUCCUUGGGCAGCUUCUCUUCCAAGGCUCAGGCUCUGGAAGCAGUGAAGGCCUUGGAGUUUGCUGGGGGGGAGCUGGCCAAUAUUGGCCUGGCCCUUGACUUUGUGGUGGAGAACCACUUCACGCCGGCAGGGGGCAGCCGCGUGGAGGAAGGGGUGCCGCAGGUGCUGGUGCUCAUCAGUGCCGGGCCGUCUAGCGAUGAGAUUCGGGAUGCCGUGAUAGCUCUGAAGCAGGCUAGCGUGUUCUCAUUCUGCCUCGGAGCCCAGGCCGCCUCCAGGGCAGAGCUUCAACACAUAGCUACCGAUGACAACCUGGUGUUUACUGUCCCGGAAUUCCGUAGCUUUGGGGACCUCCAGGAGCAAUUACUGCCCUACAUUGUUGGCGUGGCCCAAAGGCACAUUGUCUUGCAACCGCCAACGAUUGUCACUCAAGUCAUUGAAGUCAACAAGAGGGACAUAGUCUUCCUGAUGGAUGGCUCAUCCAACUUGGGGCUGGCCAACUUCAAUGCCAUCCGAGACUUCAUUGCCAGAGUCAUCCAGAGGCUGGAGAUCGGACAGGACCUUAUCCAAGUGGCAGUGGCGCAGUACGCAGACACUGUCAAGCCCGAGUUUUAUUUCAAUAGCUAUCCUGGCAAAAGAGAGAUGAUAUCAGCUGUGCGGCGGAUGAAGCCUCUGGAAGGCUCGGCCCUGUACACGGGGUCCGCUCUGGACUUCGUUCGUGACAAGCUAUUCACUAGCUCGGCUGGCUACCGGGCUGCGGAAGCGGUCCCCAAGCUCCUGGUGCUCAUCACAGGUGGCAAGUCCCUAGAUGAGAUCAGCCAGCCUGCCCAGGAGCUGAAGAGGAACAGCAUCAUGGCCUUUGCCAUUGGGAGCAAGGCGGCCGAUCAGGCCGAGCUGGAAGAGAUCGCUUUCGACUCCUCCCUGGUGUUCGUCCCCGCUGAGUUCCGCGCUGCCCCUUUGCAAAGCAUGCUGCCCAGCCUGCUGGCACCUCUCAGGACCCUUUCUGGAACCUCUGAAGUUCACGUAAACAAAAGGGAUAUCAUCUUCCUUUUGGAUGGAUCGGUCAACGUUGGCAAGACCAAUUUCCCCUACGUGCGCGACUUUGUAAUGAACCUAGUUAACAGCCUUGAUGUUGGAAGUGACAAUAUCCGUGUGGGUCUAGUGCAAUUUAGUGACACUCCGGUCACGGAGUUCUCUCUGGACACGUACCAGAGCAAGCCAGAGCUGCUGGCUCACUUGAGACGCUUUCAGCUCAGGGGGGGCUCGGGCCUGAACACGGGGGCGGCCCUGAGCUACGUCCAGGCCAACCACUUCACCGAGGCCGGCGGCAGCAGGAUCCGGGAACACGUGCCGCAGCUGCUGCUCCUGCUCACGGCCGGGCGGUCUGAGGACUCCUAUUUGCAAGCUGCCAAUGCCCUGGCCCGUGCGGGCGUGCUGACCUUCUGUGUGGGGGCCAGCCGGGCCGACAGGGCAGAGCUUGAGCAGAUGGCUUUUAACCCAAGCCUGGUGUACCUCAUGGACGAUUUCAGCUCCCUGCCGGCUCUGCCUCAGCAGCUGAUUCAGCCCCUAACCACGUAUGUUAGUGGAGGGGUGGAGGAAGUUCCACUCACCCAGCCAGAGAGCAAGCGAGACAUCCUGUUCCUCUUUGACGGCUCAGCCAACGUCAUGGGCCAGUUCCCCGCCCUCCGGGACUUUCUCUACAAGGUCAUCGACGAGCUGGACGUGAAGCCGGAUGGGACCCGGGUGGCCGUGGCGCAGUUCAGCGACGACGUCCGGGUGGAAUCUCGCUUCAACCAGCACCUGAACAAGGCAGAGAUCCUGAAUCUCGUGAAGAAGAUGAAGGUGAAGACGGGCAGGACCCUCAACCUGGGCUACGCCCUGGACUACGCGCAGAGGCACAUCUUCGUGAAGUCCGCGGGCAGCCGUGUGGAGGACGGCGUGCUUCAGUUCCUGGUGCUCCUGGUGGCCGGGAGGUCGGCCGAUGCCGUGGACGGGCCGGCGAGCAGCCUGCGGCAGAGCGGGGUGGUGCCCUUCAUUUUCCAAGCCAAGAACGCGGACCCUGCGGAGCUGGAGCAGAUCGUGCCGUCCCCCGCCUUCAUCCUCACAGCGGAGUCGCUCCCCAAGAUCGGUGACCUCCAGUCGCAGAUCGUCAGCCUCUUGAAGUCAGUGAACAACGGAGCCCCAGCUCCAGUUUCAGGCGAGAAGGAUGUGGUGUUUCUGAUCGACGGCUCUGAGGGCGUCAGGAGUGGGUUUUCCCUGCUGAAGGACUUCAUGCAGAGGGUGGUAGAGAGCCUGGAUGUGGGUCCUGACCGUGUGCGCGUGGCCGUGGUGCAGUACAGCGACCGGACGAGGCCCGAGUUCUACUUGAAUUCCCACAUGGACCAACAGGGCGUCAUCAACGCCAUUCGCAGGCUGACCCUGCUGGGUGGGCCGACCCCCAACACAGGGGCGGCCCUGGACUUCGUCCUGAGGCACAUUCUGACCAGCUCAACUGGAAGCAGGAUGGCGGAGGGUGUCCCCCAGCUCCUGAUCGUGCUCACGGCCGAGCGGUCUGGGGACGACGUGAGGGGCCCCUCGGUGGUCCUGAAGAAGGGCGGUGCGGUGCCUAUCGGCAUCGGCAUCGGGAAUGCCGACAUCGCCGAGAUGCAGAUGAUCUCCUACAUCCCGGACUUCGCGGUGGCCAUCCCUACCUUCCGGGAGCUGGGCACGGUCCAGCAGGUCAUCUCCGAGCGGGUGACCCAGCUCAGCCGUGAGGAGCUGAAGCAGUUGCAGCCUGUUUUCCUGCCCCCGUCCGGCCCAGAUGUUGGUAGCAAGAAAGACGUGGUCUUCCUCAUUGAUGGGUCUCAAAACGCCAGCCCCGAGUUCCAGUACAUCCGCACGCUGAUUGAGAGGAUGGUCAACUACCUGGACGUGGGCUUUGACACCACCCGCGUGGCAGUGAUCCAGUUCAGCGAGGAUCCCAAGGUGGAGUUUCCGCUGAACGCGCACUCCAGCAAGGACGAAGUGCAGAGCGCCGUGCGCAGGCUGAGGCCCAAGGGCGGGCAGCAGGCGAACAUCGGCGGUGCCCUGGAGUAUGUGCUGAAGAACAUCUUCAAGAGGCCCCUGGGCAGCCGGAUCGAGGAGGGCGUCCCGCAGUUCCUGGUGCUCAUCUCCUCCAGGAAGUCUGACGAUGAAGUGGACGACGCGGCUGUGGAGCUCAAGCAGUUCGGGGUGGCCCCUUUCACCAUAGCCAGGCACUCCGACCAGGAGGAGCUGGUGAAGAUCUCCCUGAGCCCCGAGUACGUGUUCUCGGUCAGCACCUUCCGGGAGCUGCCCACCCUGGAGCAGAAACUGCUGACACCCAUCACCACCCUGACGGCCGAGCAGAUCCAGCAGAUCCUGUCCAGAACUCGCUUCCCUCCCCCAGCAGUGGAGAGUGGCGUGGCUGACAUAGUGUUCCUCAUCGACAGCUCUGACAGCGUGAGACCCGACGGCAUCGCUCACAUUCGAGACUUCGUCAGCAGGAUUGUCCGAAGACUUAACAUUGGCCCCAAUAAAGUGAGGAUCGGGGUCGUGCAGUUCAGCAACGACGUCUUCCCAGAAUUUUACCUGAAGACCUACAAAUCCCAGGCCACCGUGCUCGACGCCAUACGGCGCCUGCGGUUCAAAGGGGGCUCUCCACUGAACACCGGGAAAGCCCUGGAGUUUGUAGCAAGGAACCUGUUUGUGAAGUCGGCUGGGAGCCGGAUAGAAGAUGGGGUUCCCCAACACCUGGUCCUGUUUCUGGGUGGGAAAUCCCAGGAUGAUGUUUCCAGGUUCUCCCAGAUCAUCAGCUCCUCAGGGAUUGCGAGUUUAGGAAUCGGAGACCGGAACACUGACAGAACAGAACUGCAGACCAUCACCAACGACCCCCGGCUGGUCUUCACGGUGCGGGAGUUCCGGGAGCUCCCCAACAUAGAAGAGAGGGUGGUGAGCUCGUUAGGACCCUCUGGAGCCACGCCUGCGCCUCCAGGGGUAGGCCCGCCCUCUCCUUCAAGACCAGAGAAGAAGCAAGCAGACAUUGUGUUCUUGUUGGAUGGAUCCAUCAAUUUCAGGAGGGACAGCUUCCAGGAAGUGCUCCGUUUUGUAGCUGAAAUUGUGGACACGGUUUAUGAAGAGGGUGACUCCAUCCAAGUAGGAUUGGUCCAGUACAAUUCUGACCCCACGGAUGAAUUCUUCUUGAAAGAUUUCUCCACCAAGAGGCAGAUUAUCGACGCCAUCAACAAAGUGGUCUACAAAGGGGGGAGACAUGCCAACACCAGGGUGGGCAUCGAACACCUGCGGCUCAAUCACUUUGUGCCAGAGGCCGGCAGCCGCCUGGACCAGAGAGUCCCUCAGAUCGCCUUCGUGAUCACCGGAGGGAAGUCGGUGGAGGACGCUCAGGACGUGAGCCUGGCGCUCACCCAGAAAGGGGUCAAGGUGUUUGCAGUGGGUGUGAGGAACAUUGACUCGGAGGAGGUGGGAAAGAUAGCUUCCAACAGUGCCACGGCCUUCCGAGUGGGCAACGUCCAGGAGCUGUCGGAGCUGAGUGAGCAGGUCUUGGAAACGCUGCACGACGCCAUGCACGAAACCUUAUGUCCCGGUGUGACCGAUGUUUCCAAAGCUUGUAAUGUGGAAGUGAUUCUAGGGUUCGAUGGAUCCAGAGGUCAGAAUGUGUUUAUGGCCCAGAGGGGCCUUGAGUCCAAGGUGGAUGACAUCUUGAAUAGAAUCAGUCAGAUGCAAAGAAUCAGCUGCAGUGGCAGCCAGCUGCCCGUCGUGCGGGUAUCAGUGGUGGCCAACACGCCAACGGGACCUGUGGAGGCCUUUGACUUUGCCGAGUACCAGCCAGAACUGUUUGAGAAGGUCCGUGGCAUGCGCAACCAGCAGACAUACGUCCUCACGGCCGACACGCUGAAGCUCUACCAGAACAAGUUCCGACAGUCCUCGCCCGACAGCGUGAAGGUGGUGAUUCAUUUUUCUGAUGGAGUGGACGGAGACCUGGCUGACUUACACAGAGCUUCCGAGGAGCUCCGACAAGAAGGUGUCCGGACCCUGAUCCUGGUGGGUCUGGAACGGGUCUCCCACAUGGACCAGCUGUCCCAGCUGGAGUUUGGACGGGGCUUCAUGUACAACCGGCCCCUGAGCCUCAACUUGCUUGACUUGGACUACGAACUUGCGGAACAGCUGGACAACAUUGCUGAGAAAGCGUGCUGUGGGGUUCCCUGCAAAUGCUCUGGAGAGAGAGGAGACCGUGGACCCAUUGGCAGCAUUGGGCCGAAGGGCAUUGCGGGAGAAGAUGGCUACCGAGGCUAUCCUGGAGACGAGGGCGGCCCUGGUGAGCGAGGUCCGCCUGGUGUGAACGGCACUCAAGGUUUCCAGGGCUGUCCGGGCCAGAGAGGAGUCAAGGGCUCUCGAGGAUUCCCAGGAGAAAAGGGUGAAUUAGGAGAGAUCGGGCUGGAUGGUCUCGACGGUGAGGAGGGAGACAAAGGCUUGCCGGGUUCUUCUGGAGAGAAAGGGAGCCUGGGAAGGCGGGGUGAUAAAGGACCAAAGGGAGACAAAGGAGAGAGAGGAGAUGUUGGAAUUCGGGGUGAUCCGGGUGAUUCUGGACGCGACAGCCAGCAGAAAGGACCCAAAGGAGAGACGGGUGACAUCGGCCCCAUGGGUCUUCCAGGAAGAGACGGUGUAGCUGGAAGCCCAGGAGAACCUGGCAAGAAUGGAGGCUUUGGCCGAAGGGGACCCGUGGGAGCUAAGGGAAACCGAGGAGGUCCGGGCCAGCCAGGAUUCGAAGGAGAGCAGGGGGCCAGAGGAGCCCAGGGCCCGCCUGGUCCCAUUGGUCCUCCAGGCCUGAUGGGGGAGCAAGGCAUACCUGGAUCUCGGGGAGGUGGAGGCACCGCUGGGGCUCCCGGAGAACGUGGCAGAACUGGUCCUCUGGGAAGAAAGGGUGAGCCUGGAGAGCCAGGACCCAAGGGAGGCAUCGGGAGCCGCGGCCCUCGGGGGGAGACGGGAGAUGAUGGGCGAGAUGGAGUUGGUGGUGAAGGACGCAGAGGCAAAAAAGGAGAACGAGGUUUCCCCGGGUACCCAGGACCAAAGGGUACCCCUGGGGAGCCCGGGACAGACGGAGCACCAGGACCCAAAGGUGUCAGAGGCCGGAGGGGAAACUCAGGACCUCCGGGGGCAGUCGGACAGAAGGGAGACCCUGGUUACCCAGGACCAUCUGGUCACAAAGGCAACCGUGGUGACUCCGUGGAUCAAUGUGCCCUCAUCCAAAACAUCAAGGAUAAAUGCCCUUGCUGCUAUGGACCCCUGGAGUGCCCUGUCUUCCCGACAGAGCUUGCGUUUGCCUUGGACACCUCGGAAGGGGUCACUCAAGACACCUUUAGCCGCAUGCGUGAUGUAGUGUUGAAGAUCGUGGGCGAUCUGACCAUUGCUGAGAGCAACUGCCCGCGGGGCGCCCGGGUGGCCGUGGUCACCUACAACAACGAGGUGACCACUGAGAUCCGCUUUGCUGACUCUACGAAGAAGUCCGCCCUCCUGGAUAGCAUCAAGAACCUGCAGGUGGCCCUGACAUCCAAGCAGCAGAGUCUGGAGACCGCCAUGUCAUUUGUGGCCAGAAACACAUACAAGCGUGUGAGGAGCGGAUUCCUGAUGAGGAAAGUGGCCAUUUUCUUCAGCAACAAGGCCACCAGAGACACUCCGCAGCUCCAAGAGGCUGUGCUCAAGCUCUCCGAUGCGGGGAUCACACCCUUGUUCCUCACGAGCCAGGAAGACCGGCAGCUCGUCAAUGCCUUGCAGAUCAAUAACACCGCUGUGGGGCACGCGCUUGUCCUGCCGGCGAGGAGGGACCUCACGGACUUCCUGAAGAACAUCCUCACUUGCCACGUUUGCCUGGAUAUCUGCAACAUCGACCCCUCCUGCGGAUUUGGCAGCUGGCGGCCGGUCUUCAGGGAUAGGAGAGCAGCCGGCAGCAAUGUGGACGUGGACUUGGCUUUCAUCUUGGAUGGCUCGGAGUCCACCACCCUGUUUCAGUUCAACGAGAUGAAGAAAUACAUCGGUUACCUGGUCCGGCAGCUGGAGCUGAGCCCAGACCCCAAAGGGUCCCAGCACUUUGCCAGGGUGGCUGUUGUGCAACACGCCCCCUACGAAUCUGUGGGCAAUGCCAGCCUGCUGCCGGUGAAGGUGGAAUUCUCCCUGACGGACUAUAGCUCUAAGAAGAAUCUUCUGGAUUUCCUCAGCAGGGGAAUGAGGCAGCUACAAGGCAGGAGUGACUUGGGCAGCGCCGUUGAAUACACUGUAGAGAACGUCUUUGAAAGUGCACCCAACCCUCGGGACCUGAAAAUUGUGGUGCUGAUGCUGACUGGCCAGCUGCAGAAGCAGCAGGUGGAGGAGGCCCAGAAAGCCAUCCUGAGGGCCAAGUGCAAGGGCUACUUCUUCGUGGUUCUGGGCAUCGGCAGGAAAGUGAACGUCAAGGAGGUGUAUAGCUUCGCCAGUGAGCCCAACGACGUCUUCUUCAAACUAGUGGAUAAGUCCACCGAGCUCAACGAAGAGCCUUUGAUGCGAUUUGGGAGGCUGCUACCCUCCUUUGUCGGCAGUAAACAUGCUUUUUACUUGUCUCCAGAUAUCAAGAAACAAUGUGAUUGGUUCCAAGGGGACCAACCAGUGAACAAUGGUGUGAAGUUUGGUCACAAACAAGUAAACAUUCCAAACAAUGUUACUUCAAGUCCUACCAUGAAGCCUGUGACCACCACAACACCUACCACUAUUGUCAGUCUGCCUCCCGCGAAGCCAGCUCCCGCGAAGCCAGCGGCCCCCAGCACAGCCACAGUCAGGCCUGCAGUGGCUGCGAAGCCAGCGGCCUCGAAGCCUGCAGUGGCAAAGCCAUCCGUGGUGAGACCGCCUGCCGUGGCUGCCGCAAGGCCAGCCCCUCCCAAGCCAGAGGCUCCCAGGCCACCGCAGCCCAAGCCCGUUGCUACCAAACCAGAAACCAAGCCAGCCUCAACCAAACCAGAAGCCAAGCCAACCUCUAUCAAACCAGAAACCAAACCAGCCUCUACCAAAACAGAAGCCAAGCCAGCCUCUACCAAAACAGAAGCCAAACCAGCUGCCACUAAACCAGAGGCCCCCAGGCCACAGGCCAAACCAGCCGUCACCAAGCCAGCCACGGCUAAACCUGUAGUUCAAGCGUCCCGCGAAGUCCAGGUGUCAGAGAUCACGGAGAACAGUGCCAAACUCUCCUGGGAGAGGCCCGAGCCGCCCAGUUCUUACUUUUACGACCUCACCGUCACCUCGGCCCACGACCAGUCCCUGGUUCUGCGGCAGAACCUCACGGUCACCAGCCGCAUCGUCGGGGGCCUGCGGGCGGGGCAGACGUACCACGUGGCGGUGGUGUGCUCCUUGCGCUCUCAGGUCCGGGCCUUCUACCAGGGCAGCUUCAGCACGCAGAAAACCCAGCCUCCACCUGUACAGUCAGUGCAGACAGCAUCUAGUUCCACCACCAACCUCAUAGUGAACACGAAACCAUUGGAUUUCACUCAAACAGAUAUAUGUAUGCUGCCCAAGGACACGGGAACAUGCAGAAAAUUCGUGGUGGCCUGGUACUACGACUAUCACAACAAAAGCUGCGGGAGGUUUUGGUUUGGAGGCUGUGGGGGCAACGAGAACAGAUUUGACUCACAGGAAGCAUGCGAAGCCGUCUGUGCUCCUGGGCUCACCAAACCAGUCAUCAAUGUGAUCGGCACCUAGGCGUGGCUGGCCAGCAACACAUACCUCUUGAGAAGAAGGAAGCAGCCAUUUCCAACGGUCGCUGUAGAAGCCGGGGCAGACUCCCCGGCGCCAGGCAUUUCCCGGCUUUGAUGGACACUCGACCUUGGGAGGAAGCCUUCUGCUCCGCCGCUCCACCUGUCUCUAUGGUGCUAACUGUGUCUGUGGAGCCCUUGCUGUCUCCAUCGUAUACUCUGAACUAUUGUGUAAUAGUUAGCCAAUGCUGGUGUUUAUGUGAACAUUCCUAUGCAUUCAAAUCCCCUCUGGAGUUUCCUGUUACACUUGUUCUGGGCAAAUUUAAGUUCUAGAAAAUAAUUCCAAUGUCACAGCUCCUUUUUAUAUACUUCCGCUUGAUUCAUUUUUUUUUUUCUUAGUUAAGCAUGGCUGUAGAUGGAAAAACAAAAAUCCAACUUUUUUCCUUCCCCACCCUCUAGACUGCUGGAUUAGCUCAUUUUCUUAUUCUGAAUCCUCCAACAAAUGGUCUAGUUAGAAUGAGGCAAACCCCAUUGAUCUGUGUGCACUGUUUGGGACCAAAGCCUUAAUUAAGGAUUGAAAGAAAGUCAUCAUAGAGAAUAUUUUUGGAAUUCCUUUAGUGUGUUAUUUUUGGGGGGGAGUCCGGGGAGGGGUAGGGUUUAAUUUUAAAAUCUUUAGGAAAUUUAUACAAAGAAACUUUUUAAUAAAGUAUAUUGAAAGUGUCA